CACAUGUGACCGGCUGCGGCGGUGGGGGCGGCCCCGGUCGCGGUCCCGGCCCUGGCCCCGGUGCCAGAGGGGGUUGUGGCGCGCCGCGGCGGGGCAGUGCGGAGCGGCGGCGGUGGGGGAUGUGGAGCGGCCGGGCCCCGAGCAGAUGAUGGCGAUACGCGAGCUGAAAGUGUGUCUGCUUGGAGAUACUGGGGUUGGGAAAUCAAGCAUUGUUUGUCGAUUUGUCCAGGACCACUUUGACCACAAUAUUAGCCCUACUAUUGGAGCAUCCUUCAUGACUAAAACAGUGCCUUGUGGGAAUGAGCUUCAUAAGUUUCUGAUCUGGGACACAGCUGGUCAGGAACGGUUUCAUUCCUUGGCUCCAAUGUACUACCGAGGUUCAGCAGCAGCCGUGAUAGUUUAUGAUAUCACCAAACAGGAUUCGUUUCAUACUUUGAAGAAAUGGGUGAAAGAACUAAAAGAACAUGGUCCUGAAAACAUUGUAAUGGCCAUUGCUGGAAACAAAUGUGAUCUUUCUGAUAUCAGGGAGGUUCCUAUGAAGGAUGCCAAAGAAUAUGCAGAAUCUAUAGGUGCGAUCGUUGUUGAAACCAGUGCAAAGAAUGCUGUUAACAUUGAGGAACUUUUUCAAGGAAUAAGUCGGCAGAUUCCACCCUUAGAUCCUCAUGAAAAUGGUAACAAUGGAGCCAUCAAACUUGGAAAGCAGACUUCACAGACGGGUAGGCGGUGCUGCUGACCCAACCUGAUCUCUUUAGAUUUACUUGAAAAACAGCACCAUUUGCUUUUCUCACUGAGAAGGGACUUUGUGAUCUCACUGACGUGGCUCCUUAUCUUGAAAGCAGUAAUUCCAAUACUUCCCAUGAGCAGUAACGCGAGUCCCAGAAGCAGAAAGCUUUACUUCAAAGGGAUUUUGCAAAACCUAGUUGGAAAAUCCUCUCUAAUAUCCUGUCAAAAUUACAGUGUCAAAGUACUCUGAUGCUCUGUUCAAACCACUGACUUUUUUUUUUUAAUAAAAAGAUCCUUUUAUAUCUAAAAUUUA